AUAUUUGACUUCCGCGUUCUCUUUCUCUCCAUCUCUCACCUCACACAGAGAUUACCUGAGGGGGGGAGGGAAUGGAGGAGUCACGAGAAUCGCCGCCGGCGGAACACGGCUUUUACAUGCCGGCGGAGUGGGAGCCUCAUGCUCAAACAUGGAUCGGUUGGCCUGAACGGCAGGAUAACUGGAGGCACAACGCUUUACCUGCACAACGAGUGUUUGUAGAUGUAGCAAAGGCUAUCUCGAAGUUCGAACCUGUGACAGUCUGUGCAAGCCCCUCUCAGUGGGAGAAUGCAAGGAAACAGCUUCCAGAGGAUAUCAGAGUUGUUGAGAUGAGCAUGAAUGAUUCUUGGUUCCGUGACUCUGGACCAACAUUUGUUGUGCGAAAAAGACCACUAAAUCUCAGUGCUAUUAACCGAAACAUUGCUGGAAUCGACUGGAAUUUCAAUGCCUGGGGAGGAGUGGAGGAUGGAUGUUACAAUGAUUGGACUCAUGACCUUCUUGUUUCCAAAAAGAUUCUCGCUGUUGAGCGCAUUCCGAGGUUCCAACACUCGAUGAUUCUUGAAGGAGGCAGCAUCCAUGUCGACGGGGAAGGAACCUGCCUUGCCACGGAAGAGUGUCUCCUGAACAAAAACCGUAACCCUCACAUGAGUAAAGAGCAAAUAGAGGAAGAACUCAAGAGUUAUCUCGGAGUACAAACAUUCAUCUGGCUUCCUCGUGGUCUUUACGGUGAUGAUGACACAAACGGCCACAUCGAUAACAUGUGCUGUUUUGCUAAACCGGGAGUCGUGUUACUCUCCUGGACCGACGACGAAACCGAUCCUCAGUACGAAAGAUCAGUAGAAGCUCUUUCGGUUUUCUCCAACUCCGUCGAUGCUCGGGGGAGGAAGAUUCGAGUCGUCAAGCUCCACGUCCCCGGACCGCUUUACAUGACCGAAGAAGAAGCUUCCGGAAUCAUCGUUCAGGAAGGUUGUUGCGAAGCUAAACCGAGGAUCGCGGGGACGAGGCUCGCGGCGUCGUAUGUGAACUUCUACAUCGCCAACGGAGGCAUAAUCGUGCCGCGGUUCGGUGACGCGAAACGCGACGAAGAGGCGAUCCGUGUCCUCUCGGAGACGUAUCCUCAUCACUCGGUUGUGGGAAUAGAGAAUGCGAGAGAGAUUGUUCUAGCUGGAGGAAACAUACAUUGCAUUACGCAGCAGCAGCCUGCGGAGCCUAUUUUCGUCGCCGCCGACAACGGUCACUGAUGAUGGUGAUCUCCGGGGGCCGCUGAUGGAUUCGAAGAUACUGUCGAGCCAGGGUUGUAUGAAUCCUGGCCGUUAGUUUAUUCUUAUUAUAUAGAUUUGAUUCCGCGGGAGCCGUACGAUCUGUUACAUUAUUAGCUCGCUGACUAAAGAAAUUAAUAAUUCAUGUUUUCCGGACCA